AUGGCGAAAUACGUUCCUCGCCAAAGAAAGCACAAGGUGCUAGCUCGUGAGCGAGCAAAAGAGAAUGCCCAACAUGAAAUAGUAGACUCCAACCAGGAUGAGCUGCUUCCUUCAUCGAAGGCCGAGCGCGAGGCCAAGAGGGCUCAGCUGAAGGCAGAGCUUCGUCAAGAGGGCCAGAAGAUGAGCGGAAAGAAGGCCAAGCGCUUGGAAAAGUACAUUGAGGGCAAGCUGCGCAAGGACGAGAACCGCGAGCUGAUGGCCAAGCUUGCUGAGGAACAAGUCGACACCAGCUUGUUUUCGAGCAGUCGUGUCAUGGGCCAAGGUCGCGAAACCAAGAAGGAGGCUCUACGAAGGGCCAUGAGAGAGGAGAAGGCCGGUUUGGAGGGUAGCGAGGACAGGGCGAAAAUUCUCUUCCAAAAGAGGAAGGAAGGGGAGAUGGAUGAAGACGAUUCGAACGACGACAGCGACGCAUCGGAGGACGAGUCAAACCCAACAAAAAGCAAGGCAACAGAACCAGCGAAAGCGACAACAUCUACACUCGCGCCCGCUCCUCAGGAGUUCUCUAGUGAAUCGAAACUGGCGAUCAGCGCAUCGCUCGGUUCAGGUCUCAAGCGUCCAUUGGACGUUGACGAAGAAGGAAAACCCGUUAUCAAAAAGCGACAGAAGCGUGGUGGAGUGAAGUCGAAAUUCUCAAUCGCUCCCGUUGAGGCACCCCAACCCGAGUCUGAAGACGCAGGCGAUAGCGAUGGCAGUGGCAGUGGCAGUGGCAGCGACAGCGACGAGUGGAAUGGAUUCAGCGACGACGAGGCCGAGAAGAAAACACAAGGCGAAGACGAUGACGAAGCGGAUAGCGAGAGUGAAGAGUCCAGCGAAGGCUCCGAGGAGGAAUCAGACGAUGACUCUGACGAAGAUAUGGAGGAUGUUGAGAACAAAGCGCAAAGAUCAUCGGCUUUCAAGGCAUGGGCGCAUCAGGCUCGAAACCAGGCUCUCGGAUACCAAUCGAUCGAAGGCACAACGACCAACCUAGAGAUCCCCAAACCAGACAAUUUUGUCCCUCGAGCACCCGAGCAAGAUCCUCUGCCCUUGGAACUGCAAACAACAAAAAAUACCGACCGAAAGGUGUACAGCGUUUCGGUUACUAGAAGCCCAGAGGUCCAGGAAGCUCGUCUCAAGCUUCCUGUCGUUUCGGAGGAACAAAGGAUAAUGGAAGCGAUCCAUAACCAUAACAUCGUUGUUGUGUGUGGUGCUACAGGUUCCGGAAAGACUACUCAGAUUCCGCAAUUCCUUUACGAGUCAGGAUAUGGUGCUCCUGAUGGGCCUACACCUGGAUUGAUCGGUAUCACGCAACCCCGUCGAGUCGCUGCGGUCAGUAUGUCGAAGCGAGUUGCUGAGGAACUUGGAGACAAGUCUGAGGCGGUGGCCUACCAGAUCCGUUUCGAGGGCACCGUUAACCCCAAGACAUCCAUGAAGUUCAUGACUGAUGGUGUUUUGAUGCGCGAGGUUGCGCAGGACUUUAAGCUUAUGAAGUACUCCGCGAUCGUCAUCGACGAAGCUCACGAAAGAAGCUCCAACACUGAUAUUCUCAUUGGUAUGCUCAGCCGAAUUGUUAAGCUUCGAACAGAGCUUGCGGCGGAGGAUCCUACCCAUAAGCCCUUGAAGCUCAUUAUCAUGUCGGCCACGCUGCGAAUUGAGGAUCUCACCAUGAAUCCUACCCUUUUCGCGACCCCGCCACCCGUCCUCGAAGUUGAGGGCCGACAACAUCCCGUGACCAUGCAUUUUGCUCGAAAGACAAGGCACGAUUAUGUCGAGGAGGCGUUCCAAAAGAUUAGCAGAGGUCACAAGAAGCUACCGCCUGGUGACUUCCUGGUGUUCUUGACUGGUCGUAACGAAAUCUUGCAGCUCAGCAAGCAACUCAAGACGGCGUUCGGUGGUCCCAAAUCUGUCGGCGGACCUAAGGUACAAAUAUCUGCUAAUGACGCUCCUUUGGAAGUCGAGGAUAUCGAAUUUGGAGAUGUGGAUGAUCGCAACGGUGAUGAAGAUGGUGAUGACUUUGACGAGAUACUCACAGACGACGAGAAUGGGGAGGAUGAGGAUGAGUUCCAGAUUGAGGAAGAUCAAGAAGCUGCACCUCUCAAGAUGCGAGUGCUGCCUCUCUACUCUCUGCUGCCAACAAGAGAACAAAUGCGAGUCUUUGAGCCCGCGCCCGAAGGCACACGAAACAUUGUCCUGGCUACCAACGUUGCGGAAACUAGUUUGACCAUUCCUGGUAUUCGUUAUGUUUUCGACUGCGGACGAUCCAAGGAGCGACACUACGAUCGUCUAAGCGGUGUUCAGAGCUAUGGCAUUGGCUGGAUCAGCAAGGCCAGCGCAAACCAACGUGCAGGUCGUGCUGGUCGUACCGGUCCUGGUCAUUGCUACAGACUAUACUCGUCUGCAGUUUACGAGAGAGACUUCCCAGAGUUCAUGGAUCCCGAGUUGUUGCGAAUGCCCCUUGAGGGUAUUGUGCUCCAGCUUAAGGCCAUGAACCUACAGCAUGUCGUCAACUUCCCAUUCCCUACACCACCGGAUCGACGGGCUCUCGCAAAGGCUGAGAAGCUUUUGACGUACCUGACUGCUGUCUCUGAUACUGGAAAGGUCACUCCUGUUGGUCAGCUUAUGUCUAUGUUCCCUCUGUCUCCCCGCUACAGUCGCAUCCUGUUGGUCGGACACACCCUUGAUUGCAUUCAUUACACAAUCGCUUUAGUUGCUGGUCUAUCAGUGGCAGAAAUCUUCCUUCCUGAAGCUCAAGCCAUUCCACAACUUGCAGCCAAGGAAGACCACGAAAUUCGCACAACAGCGGACGUUCAAGCAGAGAGUCGCCAGGCAGCUAUUCGAAAGCAGUUCAACACAGUGCAUUACGAGUUUUGCAGCAUGGACGACAAGUCCGAUGCUAUCAAGGUUUUGCAAGUUGUGGCGGAAUUUGCUCACGAGCCUACAGAGCAAUGGUGCGAGGACCAUUUUGUUCGGUACAAGGUGCUCAAGGAAGUUCAGCAACUGCGUCAACAAAUCACGGAAUUACUGAAAAACAAUAUACCUGCUUUCGCCAACCUGAGGUAUCAGGAUAAGCUGGAUCGUCCAUCACCCAAGCAGGUAGCUGCGCUCAAGCAGAUGGUCGCAGCAGGCUUCGUGGAUCAGGUCGCCAUUCGAGCUGAUCUCACACCGAACCCUCCUGAGCAGUACCGUGCGCCGCGUCGAUCUAUCGACAUUCCAUACGUUCCCUUGAUGCCUAUUCACACUGGUGAGGAGGUUGAGAGCGAUCGUGCGGUGUACAUUCAUCCCACAUCACCCCUGGCCCAUAUCAGCAUGCGGGAGUGUCCCGAUUACAUCGUCUACUCUCAGCUUCAAAAGGCUACACAGCUAGUUGACACGACAAAGCGACCCAAGACUAGAAUGCACGCCCUCACAGAUGUGUCGGGUGGUGUUUUGUCUAAUCUGGCAAAGGGCACACCUCUCAUCACUUACAGCAAGCCAAUGAAGGAACUCAAGUCAUUCGUUGCAGCUGAUGGUUCGGCGAUGAGAGAGUGCGUUGUCGUUCCUUCUUUGAGGGCGGAGGGUACAGGCGGUCAAGGAUGGGCUCUGCCUAGCAAGACAGUGAAGCAAAAGAGAGUGCCCGGUCAGGGCUGGGUUGUGCAAUAG